GUUUUUAUUUUUUAACUAAGUAAAGUUCGUCUUUGUAUGACCAAUAAUUUACUAGAUGUAGCUUUACAAGUUUUCUUGUAUCCUCUGGAAUAUGUUAGAAUCCUUAUUCAACUUGGCUAUGAACCACUCCCCCCAAAAAAGUAUACGUUGUUUCGAAGAGAUUAUUAUUACCUCCCUUCAGCGUGGACCUACGCCCGCCAUGUCUUAAAGCAACGAGGAUUUCUUGAGAUAUUUAUGGGUUGUCCUGCCUUUUUAUUACACACAGCUUUUCGCAACAUUGUUACUAGAAGCACAAAAGCUUAUUUUUAUAAGAACUUUUUUUACGAGGAGGCCACAGGCACAAGCGCAAACGUUAAAAAUUAUUCUUUCCAGAAUAUGUUAAAGGAGAUGUCUAUAGAGUGCGCAGCUGCUAUUGUAGGAACCUUUGUCUCUCUGCCUUUCCUGGUUGCCAGCGUCCGUUCCGUAGCGUAUUGUUUAGAAGGCAGUCCCAACGCAGGCAUGAUGACCUGUCUCUUGUCGCUUCUUGACAACAACCACAUUGGACCAAUUUUUAUGAACACGUUUGUACCUCUUGCGAUAGCGGAGGUGCUCUUAAGAGCUAUGAGGCCAUUGGCUGUCUAUCUUCUAUCUUCUCUGAUAAAUCCCUCUCUUGACAAGACCGGAUACCUGACCGAAUCGAAGUUCGACAGCACUGAGACCGAUUCGGAUGCUUUCCUUAAGUUAACGCUGAAGGCAAUUCAUGUCGUCGUCGCGCACUGCCUUUAUCCUCUCUCUCACGUGACGACGCGCAUGUGCGUCUCCUGUUCAAAAGACUUUCCGAAAGUUACUGCGGACUGGCCUCGCUUUUCUAAUUGGGCCCAUUGCUGGUCUUAUCUUCGAGAAGCACGUGUGCAGUACAUGGGGAGUCAGUUGCUUACCAAUAGGGUGCUCAGUAGUAAUACCUUGAAGACCGUUUGCGGAAGACAAUUAGCAAGUUGACUAU